AACGAAUCCAAAGCUUCCCCUCUCGUCGCUUCUUCCGCCGACCAGCUCGCCUCGCCUCGACGUCUCCUUCCUCCCCCGCGCGAAGCAAAGCAGAGCAAAAGACACCGCCGCCGCGCGUCCGGUCACGGAACCCAAGCCCUUUUAUCAACCCGCCCCCGUUGCUGGCGCGGGACCUCUCCCUCUCCUUCCCUCCCUUCCCACGCCUCGAAGCCUCUCCUACCUCGCCCCCCAGGAGAAGCCGUUGCGCGUCGCCGUUGCAGCUGUUCGAGGGCGAUCGGGCUUGGAUUUCGCCGUUGGGUUGUGAGCAGGGGCGUGGCGGAGCCGCGGAAAUGGGGCGGCGGGGGUGUGCCCCGGUGGUGUGGGCGGUGGCGGUGUGGUUGCUUGCGGCGGCGGCGGCAGGGGAUGCCGAUGCCGGCGAGCUCGAGCGCACGUUUCCAAUAGUGGAGCCAGACUACGGCCACACGAAACUCCGUCUUGCAAAAGAAGGUUUGGAGGCAAUUCAAAGGAUCAAAACUCCAAUAGCUGCUGUCUCUGUUACUGGUCCAUAUCGAUCGGGAAAAUCUUUUCUUCUCAACCAGCUUCUCUCCCUAUCAUGUGAUAAAGGUUUUGGAGUUGGACACAUGCGGGAUACCAAAACAAAAGGGAUAUGGGUUUGGGGUGCCCCCAUUGAGGUGGAUAUUGAUGGUUCCAAAGUGUCUGUACUAUACCUGGACACUGAAGGAUUUGAGAGUGUUGGAAAAUCAAAUGUAUACGAUGAUAGGAUAUUUGCACUGGCAACUGUUUUAAGUUCUGUUCUGAUCUACAAUCUUCCUGAGACAAUUCGUGAAGCUGAUAUAUCUAGGCUUUCAUUUGCUGUUGAAAUUGCUGAAGAGUUCUAUGGAAGAGUUAAGGGGCAAGAUGUUGCUUUUGAGCCAGCAAAGCUUCUGUGGCUGAUCCAGAGGGAUUUCCUCCAAGGAAAAUCUGUUCAGCAGAUGGUUGACGAAGCUCUCCGACCGGUGCCUAACAACAAUGGAGACAAAAAUAUUGAUGUGAUAAACCAAAUCAGAGACUCUUUGGCGGUUAUGGGAGAUAACAGUACGGCUUUUAGCUUGCCACAGCCUCAUCUGCAAAGGACAAAGUUAUGUGAUAUGGAGGACCAAGAACUUGAUCCAUUGUAUGUAAAAAGGAGGGAUCAAUUGAAACAAAUUGUUGCAGCCAUGAUAAAACCGAAAAUUGUGCAGGGUAGAACUCUAAAUGGGACGGAGUUUGUAUCCUUUCUAGGGAAGAUACUUGAGGCUUUGAAUAAAGGUGAAAUUCCAUCAACAGGGUCGCUUGUUGAAAUUUUCAAUAAGGCCAUUCUUGAACAAUGCUUGAAGGUGUACAAUGAAAGAAUGGGCAGAGCGGGUCUACCAGUAUCAGUGGAUAAACUUCAGCAGUUUCAUGAGCUGGCAAAAGAUGAAGCUAGAAGGCUCUUCGACAAGCAGCAUUUCGGUAAACAUCAUGCUGCUCAGUCCAUCUUCGAGCUUGAUGAAGAGAUUAAAAAGGUCUUCAGAAACUUUGGUCAAACCAAUGAUUAUCAGUCAUCAAAGCUGUGUGAAGCACGGUUCUCAGAGUGUGAAGAUAAAAUGGAACAUCUUCAAGUCUUGAAGCUUCCGUCCAUGGCAAAAUUUGAUGCAGGAUUUCUUCUCUGCAACCAAACUUUUGAAAUGGAAUGCGUGGGGCCUGCCAAGGAAAGCUAUCAACGCCGAAUGUUAAAGAUGCUCGCAAGGUGUCGUGCUCUUUUCAUCAAGGAGUACAACAACAAGCUCUUCAACUGGUUGGUGAUAUUCUCCUUGGUCAUGGUUGUCAUCGGGCGCUUUGUCAUCAAGUUUUUCCUGCUCGAAAUUGCUGCUUGGGUGAUGUUUGCCUUCCUGGAGACGUACACGAGGCUGUUCUGGUCUUCAGAGUCUCUGUAUUACAACCCUGUCUGGCACGUAAUCGUCUCUUCGUGGGAAACCGUCGUGUACAGCCCUGUUCUUGAUCUUGACAGAUGGGCAAUCCCAAUUGUUGUCAUGCUGUCGUUUUUAGCGCUUUAUUGGCGUUGUCUCGGUGGAAGGAAAGGAAUUGCCCGGUCGUUGCUACCUCUGUACAAUGGGUCUUACAGAAAUUCCAAUCGUCCAAGAACAGAUUGAUCACACUCCCACACACCAAGAACAUGUAAAAAUUCGACCAGUUGGCAGGAUGUUAUUAUUUCAUCAGUGCUCUCUGCCAAUGGAUCUCAGAUUCCUUUCAGCUGUAAAUUUGUAAUCCAGGCAGAGUAUUUAUCUAUGCUCAGAGGCAUGACUAUUGUUCACUUCCAACAGCCGCGUUGUCAAACUCAGACUAAGCCAAUGCUGAUGUAUGAAAUAUCACCUUUCUUUUA